UUGAGCACACACAGCGAAAGUAAACCCGAAAUCGUUUACUCAACACAUAACAAAAGAAAAGAGCAAUAUCAGAGGGAAUUCCCCUUACGGAAACAGACGAUCCCCCAGCAUUAGCAACCACACAAUUGGAUAUUUUUGACCUUAGACCGCAGCUGUGACAUCCGAAAUAUUGCUCAUCGUUCGCAGGGUUCCCCCGGAGACAGAGAAAAGAGAGAUAGCCACUGAUAGACUUGGAGAAUGAGCUAACUGACCACUGACCGAACUCGGUGAUUUUUGUUAGUGAUUAGCAUUGGAAAGAAACGAAAUCUGAGGUAAUUCACACAAAAAUGGGCGUUCGUGUGAUAGAGACCGAUUCGGCGAGCGAUUCGUACGACGAUGACGAGUGCUCUACAUGCCAGAAAGAGCAGGGUAAAUCCCCCAAUAAGACCAAGAGGAGUACCACGCCGCCGGAAACGACCAUUUAUGCCAGCAAGGAUCUGGUGGGUAACUGCAAGGAAUACCGCAUCGAGAACAACUCGCGGGAUCUGAGGAUCAUCGGCAAUGGCAACCGGAUACGGAUUGUGAAUAACUCCGGCAGCCUGCACAUAAUUGGCAAUGCCACCAGACUGAAGAUCCAGAGCAACAGCGGAUCACUCAAGUAUACGGGCAAUGAUGGUAGGAUCUACUUGGGCAGCAAUUCCACACAGCAGGUGGUGGACUACACGGGCUGCAAUGGACUGCUCAAGGUGGUCAAGUCCCUGGAUCUCAGCGGUGGGGCCAAGAAAAAGCCCAGCACUCGAUCCAAAAACCCCAAGCCAACGGAUUCCAAUCCGGGUGGCGUUGAGAUCGACAGCAAUUUCACAAUCCAACACGGAGCUGGGAAUAUUGUGAUCAAGAAUGCCAUAAACGUGAGCAUUUGAAGGAGGAGGCUCUCUCUAGUCAUCUUAGGCCAAAGAUUAAUGUACUGCAACUCUUGCCGCCGAACUCAACGGUUCCUAAUGACUGCUCAAAGUCACUUAGUCAUAUCUGUGACUUCCGACUGCUACAAAUAUUUACAUCAUAACCAUUCAGCAUUGUAAAGUAUUAAACGCCACGUCGUUAGUCUAGAAUAUCCAUUUAUAAUCACAGAGUCACACACUGAUUAGAGACUUUAUAUGUAUGUUUAGCCGUAAAACGACGCACAGUGAACAAAGCUUAAUAUUCAUUCUGAGAAUGAAUAAUCUGAUUAAAAGAGGAAACACAAAUAUAUAUUUAAAAUAAUUAUGAACUUUA